AUGGAGGCGGCUGCAAUUGUUGGAACCGUAGGCACGGUCCUCGCUCUCGCCCAGACCCGGCCUGUCUGGACGAAGGUUACUGCAGACAGCAUACUUCAGAAAGUUGACAAGUACAGACGCGAAGGAGCUCAAGAGGUCUACGACAAUAAGGAAAUCAUAGACCAAGUAACGCUGCUUGAUCUCAUUGAAAGGCAUAGAUACUUAGCUUGGCAGCACGACCUCCUCAAAUCACGAAAUACUCAAAUAUGGCACGUGAAAGAAAUGUACAGAUGUAUCAAGCUUCUUCGAAUAACCAAGGGCUUUCGUAACGAUGCACUGCGUUCCUCAGAGUACGCAAAGAAUAAUGCUCUGGGGCAGUAUUGUGCCCUACGAACAAGGGCGGAAGAGUCUAGCGCCGUUCCGCUCGCAGAGGCUCUAGAGGUCUUGGAUAAUCAAGCAACGACCUCUCGCCGGAGAGUGGAAGAUCUCAGCUCUGUUCUCUCUACACGAUCGGGAUCCUCCACCUUUGUCAAUUCGUCCGACCCUGCAAGAGGUACCGGUAGUGACACCGCUGGAACCCUGACGCAAUCCGACGUCCAGGAAUUGGACCGCGCUUUGGACCAGUUUGAGAAUAGUGUCGUACAAUAUGGAGCUCUUCUUGACCAGGCCAGCGCGAUGCUACCCACGUCCAGUGGAGAAGACCUCCAGUCCGGACAGGCUUCCCUGCAGUAUCAGGAUCAAUGCCUGCAGUACCGCUCGAGUGUUAACAGCUUUCUAAGCACGGGAAGUGGGGGUUAUUAUCAAGCUCUGCAACACGACGCAGAAGGCCGCGACGGAGCGUAG